AUGCAAGGGGAUCAAGAGAUUCGGCGAUUUAUAUCGGGCCCGCCGCAAUUACCACCCCUGUUCGAAGGACAACAGAUUCAGACAGGGCCCUAUACUGUUACUGUCACGGCUGAUAUGGUAGCUCAGAGGGAACGAGAAAACGAGGAAUUGCAUAGAGCGUGGCUAGAACAUCAACAAAGAAGAGUAAUGGGCCCAGACGACGAUGAUUCCGAUUAUGUAGGGGAGUUUAAGCAAGAAGUCGUGAGAAGAAAUUUCAUUAGAAAAGUCUUCUCUAUAUUAACAUUACAGUUGUUGUUCACAGCCUGUGUCAUAGCGUUCUUUCUUUUUGUGGACGCUGCAAGAAAAUUCAUGAUAAUACAUUGGUAUUUUUGGAUUAUAGCCAUGAUAUGCUUCACCGUUUCCUACUGCGUUGUGUCUUUCUCUAAACGCGCUAGACGUAAAGCACCAUAUAAUUACAUCUGGCUAUGCAAAUUGACAUUGGCAAUGUCGUAUUUAGCUGCUUUUGCAUCGGCAUUUUAUGAGGUCGAAAUUAUUUUAAUGGCAUUGGGUAUGACGGCGCUAAUUACAUUCGGGAUAGGCUUACUGGCAACAUUUUCAAAGUUUGACUUAACAAUGAGAACAGGAUUGAUGAUGAUCGUCGGUUUGGCUUCCAUUGUUAGUAUUUUCGUAAUGAUGAUACUUCUGAUGUUUACGCACAUAAAAGUAUUACACGUAAUUAUUUCUGUUAUAGGAAUGAUAUUACUAUCAAUGUAUUUGUACUUUGAUGUGCAAACAAUUAUGGGUGGACGAAGAAUAGAAAUAUACCCGGACGAAGUUGUAUUCGCAACGGUGCAAAUUUAUGUUGACAUUAUAUUGUUAUACCAGUACGUGCUAAUGUUUAUGGGUUUGAUUCAUGAACGUUGA